AUGUAUAUUCCCAACCUCCAAAGUAUCCUCGCAGCUGGUCUUGCCCUCACCGGUGCAGUCACUGAAAUGAGCGUAGUCUCUUCCGGAUCCAUCAAGGAUUUUGCCGUCGAGAAAUGUAUCGAUGCCGACAAGAACCAACGGUGUUCAAAGCCCUUCCCAGUCACCAAAUCCACCUGUUACAACAUCAAGUGGUCGACUGAUGGCACUCUUUCCCAUACUACCGUAGAGGUCAAAGACGCGGGCAGUGAUGAGAUUGUCUUUUACAGAGAUACUGAUGGAGAAUUCACUUCUAAGAAGAACGAGCUCGUUUACGUUGACUUCAAACCUAAGAUUGCCGGACAAGGCAACAAAACUGUCGAUUACGAGAUUACUACUUGCGAGUAA